AUGUCGAGUGAUAACUUUACAAUCACUGAGCACAUUGUCCCCGGUUGUCAUAUUCGAGAAUACGCAGGAAGCACUGUGCACCAAGAAGAUAUAUUGAAGCUGCAUGUGAAGCAAUAUACGCCUAAAAAUCAACCAUUGCCGCUGCCCUCUGAUGCAGUUACUCUAAUCGCAACUCAUGGAGAGCUAUACGAGCCUCUUUGGGAUGAGAUUCUGGGGCAAGCCAUCGGCUUCCGUAUACGCAGCAUCUGGGUCGCCGACUGCGCGAGUAUGGGAAUGAGUGGGAUUUUGAAUGAGGAAAAGCUCAGCAUGGACUGUUCUUGGAUGGACCAUGCGAGAGAUCUCCUUCUUAUGAUCAACCAUUUCCGGGAACAGAUGCCCCGUCCGCUUGUCGGUAUUGGCCACAGCUUUGGAGGAACUAUCAUUACUAAUCUGGCUUAUAUGCACCCUCGGCUAUUCACCACCGUGGCUUUAAUUGACCCAGUCAUUCAACUCACUCCACCGCCUAUGGGGUUCGGCUCCGAUCCACCCAGCGCAGUUAACUGGACCCUCCGACGUGACGAUGUGUGGCCAAACCGCGAAGUGGCCCUUCGCGCGAACCGUGCGUUGCUUCAUGGCUGGGAUCCACGCUGCGUCGCCCGUAUGGCCGAGGUCGGAUUCCGCGAGCUGCCGACUCAGCUGUAUCCAGAUGUCGAGGCUCAACAAGCGCGGCUGAACACGACCGAAACGCCAGUCACCCUCACAACGACCAAGUAUCAAGAUCUUUUAGGGCAGAUUCGGGAGAACUUUGGUGCCCAGACCCGAAAACCAAUCGCAUUACAAUCAAUCGUGAGACGCACGCGGAUUUGGAUCCUCUUGCGGCUUUCAUUCCUAUGUAUCGACCGGAGCCACGAAGCACUUUUCUCCGAUGAGAUCCGCGAGGGAAUCAAAAGUUGUGGCACUGGAGUGGGGGGGGCAGUGGGGGGCGGACAGAGAGUCCGAGAGGUCACUUUGUCAGGGCUGGGCCAUUUGAUGCCAUUUCAAGCAGUCAGUAAGGUUGCAGAGCCUUGUGUGGAGUGGCUGGCAAAUGAAAUGGAGCGAUAUCGUGUCACGGAAAAGCAGUGGGAGGAGCAGUCUCGGCAAAAGAACCAUUUAGUCGUGGGUGAAAAUUGGUUCAACACCCUGAAACCUGUGGCAAUGCGUGCUGAAAAGCCCUCGAGAAAGACCAAGAUGUAG